GUCCAACAAUACUUUGUAUUUACACAGCUCGUUAGGUUUUCAAAUCUUAGAGUGCUAUGCUAGUUUGCGUCGCUGGACUUGCUUCAACAUUGAAUAAGGCACUGUGUGCUUCCUGCUGAGUUUUUUCGUUCCUUUUUCCCCUUGCACUACACGAUCCUUAAAUUGUCUCGACAGGGAAGCACCUUUGCUUCCACCAGCCUUUCCGCUGUUUACUGUCGGUAAUGAGUCAAAAUCGUGUAAAAGCGGACCGCUGCGUCAAUGAUAUGCUGCCUUGUUUCGUCUUGGAACAAGACAGUUGGGUUCUCCCUCAUUGCGUUCGGUAUUGCCUCGGUGCUAUUGGUCUUGUCAUAUGCAUUCAAGCAUGUUCAACUGGCAAGGCCGUGUCUCAUUCUCCUUGUUCAUAUCAAGCGUGGCAGUCAUCCUCCUUGCGAUGAUAGAUUGCAGCUCAGUCUAGAGAGUCGUGUGCAUUGCUAUUGGGCGUCCAUCGAUGUGUGUACAUCAUGGAUAUAUCCUACGAUCUGCGGUCUCUCUUGUAAGGUGGACGUAUAUUUGUUCUUCAUUGGUGAUUCGCGCUGAUCGGUAGACCAACCACGUUUGCUGCACAAUGCACCGUGACAUCUUGUGGCUGAACUAUGAAUGGCACAAUGCAAGUACACUACGAAACAACCAUACUCAUUCGGCGAAUGAAAAGUUCCGACGGUAACCGGCCUAUGUCGAGAUUGUGCAAUAUCAAGCGUCAGAGAUCCACACACAGCUCAAAAUCAAUAUGAGCGUUCCGACUUCACUUGCGUUGGCAGAUGCAUGGUCGUAUCAGGGUUACGCAGAGAUGCAGAACAAUCAUCAUGAGCUACCAAAAGAGGCGGCUCGAGUGUGCCACCAAUUCCUGUCAAGCGAAGACGCUGAGAGUAGAGCGCUCUGGACGGUCGUGGUGGAAACUCUUGUAUAGAGGCAUGCCUCAUGUCUCCGAGCCAUUUAUUUCUGCUACCCUCUCUUCCUGCGCUUUACCUUCCGUGUAUACAUACCCUGCUAUCUUAUAACCCCUCCGUCAUUCUUGGGCCCGCUUCGGGCAUAUACACACACUCACUUUGGUGAUGACCAGUCGCCGACAUCGCGAGCAGACGAGCUCGACGAAGAAGGAUGACUACCAACCAUGGACACCUCACGACCCUGACACGGACCGACCCCGACAGUCAAUGACUAGCUCCCAGCGCCAUAACAUGGACCAAAGCAUUGCCAACACUGGACAUGAGAGACAUCACCGAUCGUCUAGGCGUGCAGAUGCAUCAGGAGACUUGCCUACUUCCUCAGCGCCUUAUGCUCACCAUAAGUCUUCUAGCAGAGAUCAAACAAAUUUCGCGACAUCGGCACCUUCUUACUACGCUAUGGGUGACUACAAUGCUGGGCCAAAUCCAGUCCAACCUGAGGCUGUUUCCCAGUCUACAAAUGGCUUACACGCUCGUGAAGCGGAAUCCUACGACGUUCGCGCAUCUGCGAAAGCUCAGAAGAGAUCUACGAAGCGCAGCCCACCCUCUUCAGACGAGAAAGCAUUGAUCGCGGACCAAGCCAAGGCUGCGCGUUCAAGCCAGAAUCCACGGAUUGGACAUGGUGCUGCUGCUGCACCCGCUCCACAACCGCCAGCAUCUACACAGACGUUUUGGAUACCUCCAGUGCAGCCCACACGCGACCCGGGCCCCCCUUCUCGUCAUAGGGAUAAGGAUCGUGAUGAGGACCGCGAUCGGAGACGCGACAAGGAACGCAGACGGGAAAGGGAGAAGGAGAAGGAAAGAGAAAAACACAGAGCGCAAGAAGAGGAGCGAGCGAGGGAACAGGAGAGGGAACGAGAUCGGGAGCGGCGCAGAGAAGAGCGGCGGCGCGAGAAGGAGAGAGCGGAACAACAACAAAAAUACGACGAGGAGAGGGAGCGUCGUAGACAGGAAAGAAGAGCGAGGAAGGCCAAAGAAGGUGAAGCUCGAAGACAACAAGAGAGCAGAGUUGAACAGGUCACGCCUUACCCCCAUCAGUCUACCUCCGCGGCUCCUGCUGACAAGCAUAGAGCACAUAGGACGGAAGAUAAAGCAUUGCAGUAUCGCCAACCCUAUCCAGAAUUGGUCCCUUCAUCGAGUUCAAACAUUGCUUUACCAAACACGCAAUACUAUGCAGGACCCACAGUCGGGAGCUCCUCGCGACCUCAAGCAACGGGCAAUCAACCUGAACGUGAUAAGAGAUCACAUCGCUCACAUCGAGAUCGGCAUCCUGCACAACAGAAUAAUCAUGAAUCUGGUGUCUCCAGUAGCGAACAAGAACAUUCAGGCAGGGAACGCGGUGCUAGGGCAUCGGAUCGUCGAUAUACUUCACGAGAUUAUUAUGGUGAUGGUAAUCCGUCAGGACCUUCUGGUAGCGAGAACGAACGAAUGGCGGGUAGAGAACGCCGCACUCAACGUCGACCGGCUGCCAAUGACGUGUAUGCAGAGUCUUCAAAGCAAGUGAGAGGCGCAGAGGCGGCACCUUAUCCUGCUGACCAUGGAUCAGCCCCAACGGCAGGUCAGUCUGCUCUACACGUAGGUCAUGCUGCAUUUGCACACCGUGUACCACAUAUAGUCAGCAUUCGAGCUGGACAGGGUCCCGCAGAUCCGCAAACGCCGAUUUUGCCACCCAAGAGCACGCCGACUCCUGCUCCUACCAGCCGAGCUCGCGACACUGACCGUUCACACAUGCAAGAUACAAUGUGGUCACCAGACGCUCCUCCUGUUCAUACAGGCAAUCCACCAGACGCUCGACGCAAUGAUCCUCUUGUAUCGCAUAUGCCAGCAGGCCUCGUUCGCUCAGAUUCAAUUCCGCAGAGCGCAUAUCUGCAUCCCAACGCGGCAUUGGCAAUGGCCCACCAAGCAAAUUCAGCCCCGUCUAGUCAUCCACAUUACGUGCACGGUGCCGUUGCUCCUCCGACACAACGAAUAGAAUCACAGGGACCACCGCUGUCAAAUAUGCGCGCACCACAAGCAAUACCUACUAUCCAACUUCAGACGCCUACUCGACCACCUUCGACGGUGCCUGCCUCUCAACAUGCUCAGAUGAGACCAUCUGGUGCUAUCUCUGCGAUACCCAAUGAUUCCCAAGGUUUUUCGGCCACGGGUUCUCAUUCGAAACAGCAUGGAAAACCGUCACCCACACAACAAUCCCAAUUCCUGGAUAGUAAAGCGGAGGCUUCUCAUCUCUAUCCUGAUGCAUCGACGCAACUUCAAUCGUCUGCACACAUUGCCAAAUUGAGCGUCUACCGUUCUCCAGACCCCCCGGUGUCAGCGGAUUUGUACCUUCCCAAGUACAACAGUCAUACUGGCCAACAACACCAACCGGCUCCAUUGUUGUCUAAGCUUCCAUUGAACGAGGAUUCUGACACACGCCAAAUGGGUGUGCAUUCUAGCGCAGGAUACGGCAAUUCGUUCGGCAGUUCGCAUGCUCCGUCUAACUUCCCUCAACCUACCGCGGUGCCGUCGAAUUCGACACCAUCCCAACGCCCACAGCCUGCGCCGGGCGAAGACACUCCCCGUGCUGCUCCGCUGCCUAUUCCUGAACCUCGACGAACAUAUUCCUCGACACCUGCUCCUGUUUCUGAACAGCAGUCCAGCCAAUCAUAUAACCCUCGUUCGCCCAAACAGAGUGUUGCGGCUCCAACACAGACUCUGUCUGCUUCUCCUUGGCAGAACUCACGUCCCCAAGUAUCGCCUACUCAAGGGAAGUCCAACACGUUGCCAAGCAAUCAAUCUCUCUACGAGGCUGCUUCCGCUGCUGUAGACAACAGUUAUGGACAAAGUAAUCCACAAGCGUCUUCCCGAGUAGCACAGCUACAAACUGUUCCUGUCACCGGCAGCACAUCUUCACAUUCGCCACGAAAUGCGCAGCUGAACUCUCUACGGUCGCCUGCGGCUGGAACACCGAAGCAGUCUUCUCCGGGUCGCCUGCAUCCUCGUAACGGCUCUAAUGAUACCAUCACUCUGGCAAACACUACUAAAGCAUCACCUUCUGGUGCUUCUCAUAGACAGCUGAAUCAGCCUCAGUCAAACGUGGUUAACAUUCAGCAACAACCUCAUGCCCUGUCACGACCAGAUACGACGAACCAGCCGAAUGCUCGGCCUCCCACCGCAGCAUCAGGAUACCCAGAUUACGCUCGAUACCGUUCUCAGACCCCGGCUUCCUCAUAUCCUUUGGCUAAUCCGUCUUCGCAACAGCAACAAACUAAUGUAUUAUCUUCAAAUGUAAAUCAAUCUCAAGCAAACAACACCUCAAGUGUAUCUCAUCAGCCUCAUUCGCAUUCACGAAAUCCUGUCCAAGCUAACAACACGUCUUAUGCGCCUACGCAAGAUUAUUCUACUCGGAACUUCGUUGAACCAACUAGCACUGCAGGUUACCAUCCCUAUGCAUCGACACAAGAUUAUCAACAGAGAAGUCAGCCGACUCCGAUGCCUACAGCAGCUCCUUCCGCCCCCACACAGUCGUCUGCUUCUGCUAUUGCAGCAGCAUACCGUAGUGGCACGUACCAUCAAGAGUAUAACGCACGGCCAUCCGAGCCCUCUUCUGCUCCAGCUACUCAAUCUAGCCAUCGUGUUCCUCCUCGAUCCGCUCCUUCUCCGGCACCUCCAACGAUAACAAUGACUGCACGGCACUAUCCUAACAUGCCGUCAAGCUCUGCCUCGAGAUCUGCUUAUCCACCUGCUGUGGCCGCACCGACACCAGUGCGCGGUCAAACGUACCCUACUCCUGUCGCUGGCGCGGGCAGACCGACCGCAACCCCUGUCCCUGUGCAGUCCCAUUCUCGCACUGUCUCGGACCCUCAGUACGGAACACAGUCAUCCUCUCGUGUGCCGGUCGCAGGACAUAUGUCUACCCCAGCUCCUUCGAAAGCUCAGCUGGCAGCGCUGCAAAUUCCGUCGCCUGCACCAGAGGCAGAGUUACUGCGUACCCCUUCAUCGUUGGCGCCAUCCAUGGUUCGUGGAAACUCGUAUGGGUCCAUCAACGCUGCCCCUUCGAUUGCACCUUCUAAAGAGAAAGAACCUCGUAAGCGAGGGUUUUUGGGACUUUUCCGGUCUCGAUCUUCGCCUCCGAAGCCAACUGAAGUUCGCCCUCCGGUGGUGCCCAAACAAACCACAGGCAGACCUCGUGCAAGUUCACAAAGCACCAUGAACGGGAUAGCAGCUUCCGUGAGGAAUAUCGUUGCGCCUCAUCCGAAUCGUGACCAUACGCAGGCUGUGUCUCAGAAUCAGUCGCAACCUGCGCAAGUUCCCCAGUCGGCGCCACCUACGCAGACCGUCCACCAACCGCCGCCUAUUGUCGCUCCCACGCCUGUUUUAGCAACAGCCGAGCAGGGACGGUCAAAUGGCAAGAUGUUCACGCCGUUCCGUUUGCUGUCAAAGCGUCAUCGGACAGUCUCAGCUGCGUCUGUGGAGGCCCAAGAUGGGACGGCAACUAAUACAGUGAUUGACUCUACACGGAGCUCCACUGCCGGAAGGCCAUCCCCGCCAUUGCGCGAUCCUGUCAUUGCAACCGUAGACUGGAGAGAUCGUGAAGAAGCAGAACAGAGUAUUCGGAAGAGCUCGCGCAGACGUCGGCCAGGAGUUACAUUUGACGUUGAUCCCGAUCUUGUUGAAGAAAAUCGACCCCGUCCCAGGCAGCGGUCUGGACGAUGAAUGCUCAAUGAGGUAACCUAAAAGUAUGUAUUGAUUUGGAUUUCUUUUCGUUCUUUCGUUUCUUGGUCCCAUGAGUGGCUUAGAAUGGGUUGUUGUAUGUUAUUUCUGUGUAUAUGCUGUCUUUAUAUUGUCUAUCGCUCUCGUAUGUAACUUGGUUUUGUGUAUUAUAUUAUCGUGUCCUGUAGUAUGCUGUCAACAUGUAAUUCAACAGAAGUACGCUCUUCCAGAAAGCCUUGAACAAGUGCGUAUGCGUCACUC